UUAAGAUAUUUAACAAUCUGCUCUAUCGGUACCCCAUACAGAAAAGAAAGUCGCUGCUUUUACCCGUUUUCAGCAUUCAAAUCAAAAUCCCACGACAGAGCCCAUCAGAUCUCCACAAUGGCGACGGCGGCGGCGGCGAGUUUGUACUCAUCCGUUAAGCCCUCGAUCACCCACGUCGUCUUCGACAUGGACGGCCUUCUCCUCGAUACUGAGAUAUUCUACUCGGAGGUGCAAGAGAAGAUCCUGGCUCGAUUUGGGAAGACCUUCGAUUGGUCUCUGAAGCCCAAACUGAUGGGGAGGAAAGCCAUUGAAUCUGCCAAGAUUUUCGUUGAGGAGAUGGGGAUUGCUGAUCAGCUGACCCCCGAAGGUUUUCUUGAAGAGAGGGAAGGGAUGCUUCAGCACAUGUUCCCCGAUUGCAAGGAGAUGCCUGGUGUCAAACGCCUGAUCACUCAUCUUCAUGCAAAUGGGGUACCCAUGGCUGUGGCGACAGGAUCCCACAAACGACAUUUUGCUUUGAAAACUCAGAAUCAUGGUAAUAUUUUCGCCAUGAUGCAUCAUGUGGUUACGGGUGAUGAUCCAGAAGUGAAGAAGGGAAAGCCAUCUCCUGAUUGCUUUCUUGUUGCUGCCAGAAGAUUUGAGACUAAUGUUGACCCAAGCAAUGUUUUGGUGUUUGAAGAUGCACCGGUAGGAGUAGCUGCAGCUAAGAAUGCAGGGAUGUAUGUAGUUAUGGUCCCUGACCCCAAACUGGAUGCCUCAUAUCAAAAAGAUGCAGAUGAAGUCCUCACUUCCUUAUUGGAUUUCAACCCGAGCAACUGGGGCUUGCCUCCAUUCCAAGAUGCUAAGAACUGAAAGUUGAUGCCAGAAUAAUCCUUCCAUUCUCACUGCUGUUCCAAUUGCAAAGCAGCGGCCUAUCUGAUCAAUUUCAAGGACGAUCUCAGUGGUCGAUGCUAUUUGAGAGUUCAUUUCCGAUUGAAAGAUAAUUUAUUCUUCAGUUACUGAUAUUGAUAAUUUACAUCCAAUUGGUUCAAAAGUAUCCCUUCAGCUAUGGGAAUCGUUACGUCUGUUCUUCAAUGCAGAGGUAUAUUUGUAUGUCCUUUUCAGCCAUUCGCGGCAUGAUAAGUACCAAACCGACCUGUUUUAUUUCUGGUAAUAAUUGGGGUGUGUUUGAUGAUACCCUAUUCUCUUUGUGCUUCAAAGUGUUGACCAGUGCAAUUAUGACACAGUUCAUAAGAGUUUACAUCAGUUGUGACUGUGCUUUGAUAUGUGAAUCUUUUUUACCUUUGGA